AUACAAAAACCGAAAGAGACACGUUUGUCUCUGUUUAUCCCUAACUUUCCCCCGCCUUACCCACCUUCUCCUUCUCUCUCCAUUUCAAUUCCUUCAUCAUUGUUAUCAAUCUCUACCGGAUUCCGGCAGCCGGAGUAACAAAUAUACCGCCGAACUUCUCAUCUUCCAACUGAACUAAAAAAACCUCAAACCUAUUAGUCAUACUAUCAAAGCUAAUACUCCUACGGUUUUCUUGGGUUUAAAGAUAAUAGUUCAGUACUUGUUCUUGAGCUUUCAUCUAGAUUUCUAUUAGUUCAAGAACAGAAAAUAAGUGAGAGAAUUUGUAUAAUAUGAGUGGAUUAUUUUCUUGAAGGUAAAAUUGUGGUGUUAUAACGUUUAGCAUUUGACUUUGAGGAAUUACCAGAAAUUAGGGUUUCAUUUCUUGAAACUAGAUAUCAUGGAAAUUGAUACUACUGGUGGUGCUGGUGGUAAUCAAGAUGCUUCUUAUUUGAAUACUGAACUGUUGCAGCUUCCUGAAGUUUCUCCAUUUGUACUCAAAGCUAGUCCUCACCUUGCUGAGGAAUUGUUCUCUCAGUGGCUUUCACUUCCUGAUACGACUCGACUGGUCAAAUCCUUCAUUGAUGAUGCAAAAGUUGGCAAUCCCCUUAACAUUGUUGGGUCUUCCACUCUGAAUGUUGGUGGGGGGAAUUCGUUAUCGUCCAUGUUUCCUGCUGGGAGUACACCUCCGAUUUCACCAAGAAGUUCCUGUGGUUCUCCACGCACUUCUAAGCAGAAGACAAGCCCGUCUUCCUUGGGUUCUUCGUUAAAAUUUGCCCGCGAACCAGUACGAGAAGUCAUACCUCAGUUCUAUUUUCAAAAUGGUCGUCCACCAACAAAUGAACUGAAAGAACAAUUUCUUCCAAUAAUUGAUCAGUUCUUCAGUUGUCAUCUAGAUGGCUUGCAGAUAAAGGAAUUUAAAUCCUUUACAAAAGAAAUUUGCAAGCUACCAUCUUUUUUCUCCUCUUCCCUUUUUAGGAAGAUAGAUACUGAUUGCAGUGGGAUAGUGACAAGGGAUAAGUUCAUUAAAUAUUGGGUGGACGGCGAUAUGCUUUCUAUGGACGUCGCAGCUUGCAUAUUUCAUAUUCUAAAGCAGCCAGAAAAUAAAUACCUUACUCAGGCUGACUUCAAACCUGUUCUCCAAGAGCUUUUGGCAACCCAUUCGGGGUUGGAAUUCCUACAGACAACACCUGAAUUUCAGGAAAGAUAUGCUGACACUGUCAUAUACAGAAUUUUCUACUAUAUAAAUAGAUCAGGUAAUGGCCGUCUUACUCUUCGGGAGCUGAAGCGUGGUAAUCUUAUCUCUGCCAUGCAGCAAGUAGAUGAGGAAGAGGACAUCAACAAAGUCAUACGGUACUUCUCUUAUGAACAUUUCUAUGUUAUAUACUGCAAAUUCUGGGAGCUAGAUACAGACCAUGAUUUCUUAAUAGACAAGGAGAAUCUCAUCAGAUACAGCAAUCAUGCCCUUACCUACAAGAUUGUUGAUAGAAUAUUUUCACAGGUGCCAAGAAAAUUCACUAGCAACAUCGAAGGAAAGAUGGGUUAUGAAGACUUUGUUUACUUUAUGCUAGCAGAAGAGGACAAAUCAUCUGAACCUAGUCUUGAAUUUUGGUUCAAAUGCAUAGAUUUGGAUGCAAAUGGUAUUUUGACCCGCAAUGAAUUGCAAUUCUUCUAUGAGGAGCAGGUGCACCGUAUGGAAUGCAUUACCCACGAGGCGGUGCUAUUUGAGGAUAUCUUGUGCCAAAUAGUUGAUAUGAUCGCGCCAGAGAGUGAAGACUGCAUCACACUGCAGGACUUGAAAGGAAGCAAACUCUCAGGGAAUGUCUUCAAUAUUCUUUUCAAUCUCAAUAAGUUCAUGGCCUUUGAAAGCCGCGAUCUAUUUUUAAUUCGUCAGGAACGUGAAGAUCCAUCAUUGACAGAGUGGGAUCGCUUUGCACAUAGGGAGUACAUCAGGCUCUCAAUGGAAGAAGAAGAUGUUGAGGAUGUUUCAAAUGGAAGUGCAGACGUUUGGGAUGAAACACUUGAGGCUCCUUUUUGAGUAAACGAGCCGCGUAUGAAAAUUUCUUGUUGCAUCAUAAGGAAGAUUUACUCAUCAAUAUAUGCUCAGGGCAAUAUGUUCCGGGAUUGUUGACAACUUCGCGACCGUAUGGCUCCGCUUACCCUUUAGCAAGCGCAUUAAGCCGCAGUAAAAAAUGCUGUGGUGUUUAUUUCAGGAAUGAUUGCCAAACCUUUGAAGUGAAAGACAGCUGCUUUAGAAGUGAUUUUCUUUCUUUACCCAGGAAAUAUUUUUUCAUAUAGUUGUGGUCGGAUAGUGUACAUUACAGAGAAUCAGCUACAUUUUCUGGUUGAAAUUUUUCAUUUUUAGUGUGCUUCUUUCUAUAUGGGAAAAGUAGCUGUGGUGUUCAUGUGAGCUUGUUGUGGUUUUGUUUGUUGAAAUUUUUCAGUUUUAGUGUGCUUCAUCAUCAUCCUUCUCUA